AUGGACGGAGCUCGCAUACGCCCCCACAACUUCCAACAGAUCUACACGCAAGCCUGCGAAACCUUCACUCACAAGCUCCAAUGUCAAGUCUUUGCCCUGCUGAGCUCAUCCCCAAGUCCUGACAUGGAGGAGAUGAGCACACGACUAGAGGAGCUCUGCGAGCGGGUCAUUCAAAUCGGAUUCCUGGGUGAGGUCGGCGGAUUCGGGAUCCGCGAUGAUAACCGCGUGCGUAUCCGUUGGGGUUCGCUUCCUAUUAAGGAUAUUUGCUUCUCGAUUAAGUGGGAACUGACCGUGAUUAAAGAUGAGUUUGCUACCGGUGAUGCGGCGCCUUUGAUAGUUGCGGAUAUUUUGGUGGAUAUUUUGGAUAAUUUGCCCUUUUGA